AUGACGACAUCGACGACACAAUGCUUUCCGUUCUUUACUCCAAUUUUAGAUGCGGUUUUAGAUAUGAAGGAGGAGGAAAGAAGAACACUACCGCGCGAGAGAAAGAGAAAGGGAAAAAAGGACGUCGAAAACGAAGCGCGCGAAACGCAGAACACCUCCUCAAACGUGUCGUUUUCGGGCUCGUGCGCACUGAACGCAGAAAUCAACGGAAAGUUUAUCCUCCUGCGUGAUGAUGAUGAUGACGAGAAGAGGAAUACAGGAGGAGAAACCAUCAAACCGGACGCGAGCAGAAUCGUCGCGUUGGAUGACUUGUGGAGGAAAGAAGAAGACAAAGAAGAAACAGACGAAGAGGAGGCGAAGAAGGUCUUCGUGAAAUCGCUGGCGUCGGUGAAUGUUACGAGUGAAGAAGAGGGAACGACGAGAGUCGUCGACGUGAGAGCGAGCGCGGAGAAGUAUUGGGAGCGGGAAACGGUGGAUAGGAGCGGUGGUGAAGGUGAAGGGAGCGACGACGAGAAAACGCUCGGCGCGAAAAAUUUCAUCGUCGAAGCGGCGUCGAGAAACGGCGGCGUGGUCGGGGAGAAGUUUUUGUUCGAGCGGUUGGAGAGGGUGUUUCCGCAAACGGUGUUUGCGAGAGCGCCGGUGGAGAGUUUUGUUUUUGAAGGCGACGAUGAUGAUUGCGAAGAAGAAGAAGAAGAAGAAGAAGAAGAGCGCAAACAACAACAAAAACAAAACCGGUAUAAGUACGAUGCGAUCGUUUACAACGCCUCGGAUGAAACGUCAAAGUUUCGAUACCACAUCGACGGCGAUCCGAUGACUUUGUUGCACCCAAAAUCUGCAUUCGCGGAAGCGUACGGAGGUAAUUACGCGAACAGAGCGCCGAUGGGGUAUGCGAAGAAUAAGAACGAGAAGGUUUGUAUUAAACCGCGUUUUAUUUCCUUGCUCGUGUAUUUAAACGACGAGUGGGAUCCCGAGUGGGGCGGCGAGACGAAGUUUUUGGACGAAGACUCACAAAUCGGCCUUCUCGUCGCGGCGAAACCGGGGCGGGUAGUCUUGUUCGACUCGGACGUGAAACACAGCGCGUGCGCGACAACGAUGCCUCCUCGCGACGACGAAAGCAACAACAAAAACAAGAAAAGGUUUUCGCUGGUGAUGAAACUCAUCGCCUUGCCCAAAAAGGUGCUUCUGAACGAGGAGAAAAACGAAGACGACGACGACAAAGAAGAAGAAGAAGAAGAAGUGGACUUGUUGAGAGUGAAUCCGAACUUGGGAUUCGGCGCCGCGACGCCCAUAGGAAGCGCGAAGCGACUUCGCGACGUCGUCGAAGCUUUCUCUCGAAAAUCGAGCAUAAAGUAG